AAUUAUCCGAUUGGAGGGAGAUAUGGCAACCAUCCAGGUGUAUGAGGAGACCUCUGGAGUUUGUGUUGGAGACCCCGUGCUCCGCACUGGAAAGCCGCUCUCUGUGGAGCUGGGGCCCGGAAUCAUGGGCUCCAUCUUUGAUGGUAUUCAGCGUCCCCUCAAAGACAUCAAUGACCUCACAAAGAGCAUCUACAUCCCCAGAGGGGUUAACAUAGGAGCUCUUAACAGGGACCUCAAGUGGGAGUUCUCUCCUUUUCAGAACCUGAGGGUAAGAAUUAU